GAGAAAAACGUCACUUUUCGGCUUUCGGUCGCGGAUCCGCAUUAUUUCUGACGUCGUGAAUUGUAAACAAUCAACACGGAAAAUUUCUGAAAGUUUUUCACGAUUUUCGCACGGUUCGCGAUGUCGGAACCGAAGAAAAAGAGCAAAAAAUCGAAAGAGGAAAUUGCCAAGGAGUUCGAUCUUCCGGAGCGCAAGAGCAAGAUCGCCACAAUCCUCAAGCAAGAUGGCCAGGCGUAUUGCAUUUGUAGAUCAUCGGACUCCUCUCGGUUUAUGAUCGGAUGCGAUGCCUGCGAGGAAUGGUACCACGGAGAUUGCAUCAACGUGACGGAGAAGGAAGCCAAGCACAUCAAGCAGUAUUACUGCCAGCGGUGCAAAGAGGAAGAUCCCUCGCUGCAAACGGUGUUCCGAUUAGUACCGGUGCAAGCUCCCGGGCUCAACGCGGAGGAAAAGAAGAAGAAAACUAAAGAGAAGGGCGCUGGUAAAUCGGACAAACGAUGCGGCCAAUGCGAAGGCUGCAAAGCACCUAACUGUGGAAGCUGUGAUGCUUGUCUGGGGUACCAGGAUGGUGGCCGGAAGCAAAGAUGCGAGAUGAGAAUCUGUACCAACACGGUCAGUAGGAAGAAGGAUCGAGAGCUGAAAGCCGCUUCGAGGCCCAAGAAAAGGAAGCGAUCGCUCACACCGGAAGUGCUGGUUAAUCCCGCUCUGGAAGGUGAUAGGCAAUGCUACGGACCCGGAUGCAUUAUGACGGCGCGGCCACAGUCCAAAUACUGUUCGGACACCUGUGGAAUGAAGUUGGCAACCACCCGAAUCUACCAAGUGCUUCCUCAGAGAAUUCGAGAAUGGUCACUAAGCCCGGCAAUAUGCGAGGAGCAGAACAAAAAAGCGUUGGAAGCAAUCCGCACCAAACAGACCAUCGUGAGAGCUACCCUGGCCGAGCUGGACAAAAGGCACGCCGAAUUGGACCUGCUGGUUGAUCGCGCCAAAAGAUGUACCCUGGAUCCGAACGCCCUCGAUAGCAACGACGUGGAAGACGAAAUGUCCAUGUACUGUAUCACCUGCGGGCACGAAAUCCACUCCAAAACGGCCAUCCGCCACAUGGAGAAGUGCUUCAACAAGUACGAGAGUCAGGCGAGCUUUGGAAGCAUUUUCAAAACGAGGAUCGAGGGCAAUUCGAUGUUUUGCGAUUUCUACAACCCCGCCAGUAAGACUUACUGCAAACGGCUUAGAGUGUUGUGUCCGGAGCACUGUAAAGAUCCGAAGGUGAACGACACGGACGUGUGCGGUUGUCCUCUGGUGAAGGACGUUUUCCAACUGACUGGAGAGUUUUGUCGAGCUCCGAAGAAAUCCUGCUUCAAGCACUACGUCUGGGAGAAGAUUCGGCGGGCGGAAAUAGACCUGGAACGCGUACGCCAGUGGCUGAAAAUGGACGAACUGGUCGAGCAGGAACGGCAGGUGCGCCAAGCCAUGGCCUCACGAGCCGGCGUUUUGAGUUUGAUGCUUCACUCCACCUACAACCACGAGAUCAUGGAGAAACUCUACAGCGGAAAGCUUCAAUGAUUCGAUAUAGCAUACUUUCAUCUCAUUUAAUAACUAUACAUAUAUUUCCAAUAUUUUUUUUCAUAGUGCUCGUUCAUUUCUACAUUGUAGGAAUAGGAAUAUCAAUAUUACAAUAAA